AUGGGAUUCUUCCAUCUUAUCAAUUGCCUUGUCCUGGCGACAGGACCGCACAUAAUUUUGUACAAAACAUGCGGGAUGAGCAUGAUGCCUUCUGGCGGUGCUUCAAAGUCCUCCUUCUUUAUGGAUUCACACAACUUUUACGAAUCUUCCUGGCAACUCUUGUCCAUAUCAACUUUAACAUGGCAUCUCAAGCCGGACUCCUUAACUACGUACAUCCCGAUUUGGGUUGGAACCAAAGAUCUUGAAUUCGACUGGGCUUACUUGAGUCUCAGCUUUGAUGCAAACAUCGACUUGGUUUGUUCAUUUGGGAAAUUUGCCUCUAUCAAUUCAGAUAUUCCACUUCAUUAUCUUUUUUAUGCCUUGGCUGCUUAUGCGUAA